AUGAGGGCCGUCUUUGGGAUGUCUGCUGUGUUAACAGUUGAUUGUGAUAGGUUGGUGACAGCCACGGUAUUACAGGAGCGUAGCAGAGUGGGGGAAGUGAAUGACAGCUGCAAUCAGUGGGGCAGUGACGAUCGCGGCAUAAAAAGCGGCAGCGAGGUAGAAGUGCUAAGCAGUGACAGCAGGGUAGGAGUGGCAAGCAGUAGCAACAUCGAGGCACCUGGAAACGAUAGCAACACUCUCGUACCUAGCAGCAACGGAGGUGUAGAAUUCUCAAACAGUGGCAACAGCUUCAAUGGCAAGGGAAGUGGUCAUAAACACUGUAGAGAAUGCAUUGUUGGAGUUUCCAGCAGCAGUGGUGGCUGCAUAGGGGGCCUCAUGGGAUGUAACCAUGGUUGUGACAACUGUAGUGUCACCGGGGUACCUGCCACAGGCGGCAUCGAGCGGCCCAACGUUGUUGGCAUUCCUGGGACAGGCAACAUUGACUGGCCUAACGUUGUUAAUGUGCCAGGCAACAGCAGCGUCGCAGGACCUGGCAUUCCUGGUGUGUCUGGCACUGGCAGUGUCGAGUGGCCAGGUGUUGUUGGCAUGCCGGGAACCAACGGCGUCGAGGGACCUGGCAUUGUUGGUGUGACCAGCACCGGUGGCAUCAAGGUGCCUGGGUCCGGUGGAGGAGUUGUUGGCGUGCCCGAGUCCGGCGGCAGAGUUGUUGAUGUCCCCGGGACCAAUGGCAUCGAAGUGACUGACAUUGUUGGCAUGCCCAAGUCCGGCGGCGGAGUUAUUGGUGUGCCUGGGACAGGCGGCAUCGAAUGGACCGGCAUUGUUGGGAACGGAGGCGGCGAUGGUGGCAUUGUUGGUGUGCCAGGGUUCAGCAGCGGAGUUAUUGGCGUGCCCGGAUCCGGCGGCGGAAUUGUUGGCGUGCCUGGGUCCGGCGGCGGAAUUGUUGGCGUGCCUGAGUCUGGCAGCGGAAUUGUUGGCGUGCCUGGGUCUGGCAGCGGAAUUGUUGGCGUGCCUGGGUCCGGCGGCGGAAUUGUUGGCGUGCCUGGGUCCGGCGGCGGAAUUGUUGGCGUGCCUGAGUCUGGCGGCGGAAUUGUUGGCGUGCCUGGGUCUGGCAGUGGAGUGGUUGGCAUGCCAGGGAGUGGCAGCAUCGAAUGGUCUGCCAUUUUUGGCACGCCCGUUUCCGGUGGCGGUGUUAUUGGCGUGCCAGGCACUGACGGCAUCGAAUGGACCGGCAUUAUUGCGCCCGGGUCUGGCGGUGGAGUUGUUGCCAUUCCCGGGUCAGGCGGGGGAGUUGUUGGCAUGCCCGGAUCCAGCGGUGGAGUUGUUGGCGUGCCCGGGUCCGGUGGCGGAGUUGUUGGCGUGACCGGACCCGGCGGAGGAGUUGUUGGCGUGCCCGAGUCCGGUGGUGGAGUUGUUGGUGUGCCAGGGUCCGGUGGUGGAGUUGGCGUGCCAGGGUCCGGCGGUGGAGUUGUUGGCGUGCCCGGGUCCGGCGGUGGAGUUGUUGGCGUGCCCGGGUCCGGCGAUGGAGUUGUUGGCGUGCCCGGGUCCGGCGGGGGAGUUGUUGGCGUGCCCGGGUCCGGUGGCGGAGUUGUUGGCAUGCCCGGGUCCGGCAGUGGAGUUGUUGGCGUGCCCGGGUCCGGCGGUGGAGUUGUUGGCAUGCCCGGGUCCGGCAGUGGAGUUGUUGGCGUGCCCGGGUCCGGCGGUGGAGUUGUUGGCGUGCCCGGGUCCGGCGGUGGAGUUGUUGGCGUGCCCGGGUCCGGCGGCGGAGUUGUUGCCGUGCCUGGGUCCGGCGGUGGAGUUGUUGGCGUGCCCGGGUCCGGCGGUGGAGUUGUUGGCGUGCCCGGGUCUGGCGGCGGAGUUGUUGGCGUGCCCGGGUCCGGUGGUGGAGUUGUUGGCGUGCCCGGGUCUGGCGGUGGAGUUGUUGGCGUGCCCGGGUCCGGCGGUGGAGUUGUUGGCGUGCCCGGGUCCGGCGGUGGAGUUGUUGGCGUGCCCGGGUCCGGCGGUGGAGUUGUUGGCGUGCCCGGGUCCGGCGGUGGAGUUGUUGGCGUGCCCGGGUCCGGCGGUGGAGUUGUUGGCGUGCCCGGGUCCGGCGGUGGAGUUGUUGGCGUGCCCGGGUCCGGUGGUGGAGUUGUUGGGGUGCCCGGGUCCGGCGGUGGAGUUGUUGGCGUGCCCGGGUCCGGCGGUGGAGUUGUUGGCGUGCCCGGGUCCGGCGGUGGAGUUGUUGGCGUGCCCGGGUCCGGCGGUGGAGUUGUUGGCGUGCCCGGGUCCGGCGGUGGAGUUGUUGGCGUGCCCGGGUCCGGCGGUGGAGUUGUUGGCGUGCCCGGGUCCGGCGGUGGAGUUGUUGGCGUGCCCGGGUCCGGCGGUGGAGUUGUUGGCGUGCCAGGGUCCGGUGGUGGAGUUGUUGGCGUGCCCGGGUCCGGCGGCGGAGUUGUUGGCGUGCCCGGGUCCGGUGGUGGAGUUGUUGGAGUGCCUGGGUCCGGUGGUGGAGUUGUUGGGGUGCCCGGGUCCGGUGGCGGAGUUGUUGGAGUGCCCGGGUCUGGUGGCGGAGUUGUUGGCGUGCCCGUGUCCGGUAGUGGAGUUGUUGGGGUGCCCGGGUCCAGUGGUGGAGUUGUUGGCGUGCCAAGCAAUGGCGGCAUUGAAUGGACCAGCGUUGUUGGCGGGACUGGAGGUGAUGGGAGUGGCGUUGUUGGUGUGCCCAGCUCCGUUGUUGGCGUGCCAGGCACUGGUGGCACUGAAUCGACCGGCAUUGUAGGUGGGACCGGAUAUGGCAGUGGAGUUGUUGGUGUGCCCGGAUAUGGCAGUGGAGUUGUUGGCAUGCCAGGCACUGGCGGCAUCGAAUGGACCGGCAUUGUUGGCGGAAUCGGAGGUGACGGUGGCAGUGUUGUUGGUGUUCCCACCUCCGGUGGGGGAGGCAACGGAGGCGGUGGAGUUGUUGGUGUGCCAGGCUCCAGUGGCAUCGAAUGGCCCGGCAUUGUUGCCCUGCCUGGGACCGGCAGCAGCGGCAGCAGCGGAGUUGUUGGUGUGCCUGGCACCGGCGACGGUGGCAUUGUUGGGAUGCCUGGGAUCGGCGGCGUUGUUGACGUGCCCAGUACCGGCAGCGGCAGUGUUGUUGAUGUGCCAGGCACUGGAGGCAUCGAAGAGCCCGUCGUUGUUGGCGUCACCGGCACCGGCAGCGGUGGCAAUGUUGGGGUGCCCAGUACCGGGGGCGGUGUUGUUGGGUUGCCCAGUAGUGGCGAAGUUGUUGGCUUCAUGGGAAGUGGUCACAGCUGUGACAGCACUAGCAGCAUCAGAUUACCUGGCAACGGCAACAGCGUCGAGAGCCCCGGAAAUAGCGAAGGAUCUGGAGGUGCUAGCAGCGGUGGCAUAGGGAUGUCCAGCAGCGGCAGCAGUGUCGUAGGGAUGCCUGGCGCGAUGUAA